GGUGCCGGAGCUGCCGCCGCGCCCCGGGGUUGGGCCCGGGCCCGCCCGGCUGCAUCACUCGUGGAGUCGCGGACCGGUUUGGGUGGGGAGGGAUCUGAAAGCCCGUCCCAUCCCACCCCUGCCGCGGGCAGGGACGCCUUCCACCGCCCCGGGGUGCUGCAGCCCGGCCCUGGGCACUGCCAGGCAGCCAGGGGCAGCCCCAGCUGCUCUGGGCACCCUGUGCCAGGGCCUGCCCACCCUCCCAGGGAGGAAUUUCCUCCUCAACAUCUCCUUGGGUGCUGGCACAGGCUCCUGGGGACGUUCCUGCUCAGCCCAGCGAGGGGGACACCGCGGCUGCUGGCACCCGCCAUGGAGUGCAGAGACAAAGCUGCCGUUCCUCCACGGAAGCUCGUCCAAGCUCGGCUGCCCUUCAAGCGCCUCAAUCCCGUGCCAAAGGAAAAACUCGAUGUGAAUCCAGAAGUCAAAAAAGUCAAGAGCUCCCCGAGUGCUUUUGUUCCAAGCAAGGAUCCCUCCCUGGAUGCCUCAGGUGGCUCCCUGGACGACGUGGAGAACGACUGCCAGCUGGGCUCCGACGGGAAUUUGCCUCCAAAACUCGUGAACGGAAAGGGUCCAUUGGACCAUUUUAUCCAGAAAAACCCAGGGGGUGACACGAGUGACCCUGGGGAUGUUCCUGACCUCUCCAGGGGCUCUGGCCACAGACUCGGGGAUGGCACGGGGCAGGAGGAUGUGGAUUCUAGAGCUGCUGUGAGCAAUGGCACCAUAGGAAAGGAGCUGAGCUGCCUGAGCUCCUCGCAGAGCAGCCCAGCAGGUGCCUCCGUGCAGACUGAGGGGCCCUGUGCAGCUGCAGCCAAGGCAGAGCAGGAUUCAGGAGCUGGGAGCCAGCCACGCUCUGGCCUCACAGCCUGCAAGGACGUGGCAGGCAGGAAGGGCACUCAGGGCGAACUGAAGGAUGUGCUCUUUGAGGGGAAGGUGCCCGUGGUGCUGCUGGAGGACAUCAUGACCCUGAAAUCCCCCCAGGUGGCCUCUCUGGACGGCAGCGCCGCGUCGGAGAGCGAGGCCCUGGAGUCGUCCCACGAGGGAGACUCGGGACUGACCAACUCCUCACUGAGCUCUGGGAGCUCACCCGAGCUCCUGGCACAGAGCAAGGGCAGCACCAGCCCUCUGGCUGCCUCCACACCUGCCAGGAAGGUACCUCAGAAAUUCCACAGAAGUUCAGCAGAGAAGGAGAAGCUGAGAUUGCAAAGAGAUCAGGAGCGUGCGGACAAGCUCCAGAAGCUGCAGGCAGAGAGGGAGGAGAAGGGGAGGCUGAAGGAAGAGGCAAAAGCUGCGAAAGAACGAGCCAAGGAGGAGGCAAAGAAGAGGAAAGAGGAAGAGAAAGAGUUGAAAGAGAAAGAAAGGAGGGAAAAGAAAGAAAAGGAAGAGAAGGAGAAAGCUGAGAAGCUGCGAGUGAAGGAGGAGAAGCGCAAGGAGAGGCAGGAGGCUUUGGAGGCAAAACUUGAGGAGAAGAGAAAGAAAGAAGAGGAGAAACGGUUAAAGGAAGAAGAAAAGCGCAUCAAUGCACAGAAAGCAGAGAUCACCAGGUUCUUCCAGAAACCAAAGACUCCACAAGCCCCCAAGACCCUUGCUGGCUCCUGUGGGAAGUUUGCUCCUUUUGAAAUUAAGGAGAACAUGGUCUUAGCCCCCCUCAGCCGUGUUGCCCUGGAUCCAGACUACCUGGAACAGCUGGAUAAGCUCCUGCAUGCCCAGAAUGGUGAAGAUUCUUUCUUGAAGGAUCUAAAAUGUCGUAAACCACGAAAAACUGGGCCCACUUUUGUCAGUGACAGCAGUGACAGUGUCAACAGUGACGUGGUGGUGGUGGAUAACUGCCAGGCAGAUGCUGUUCCUGAGAGGGAGAAGUUUGGCAGGAUGAAGCUCCUGCAGUUCAGUGAGAAUCACCGCCCUGCCUACUGGGGCACCUGGAACAAGAGAACCUCCCUGAUCCGUGCCAGGAAUCCAUGGUCCAAGGACACUAAACUACUGGACUAUGAAGUAGACAGUGAUGAAGAGUGGGAAGAGGAGGAGCCAGGGGAAAGUCUCUCCCAUAGUGAAGAGGAUGAUGAAGAGGAGGGAGAGGAUGAAGAUGAGGACGAUGGGUUUUUUGUACCCCAUGGGUACCUAUCUGAAGAUGAAGGUGUGACAGAGGAGUGUGACCCAGAGAACCAGAAGGUUCGUCAGAAACUGAAAGCAAAGGAGUGGGAUGAGCUGAUAGCCAAGGGCAAGAGGUUCCAUGUCCUACAGCCUGUGAAGAUUGGCUGUGUCUGGGAAAGGGCAGCAAAGGACAACAGCACCAACCCAGACCUGAAGGUACUCCAGCAGUUCACAGCCUGUGUCCUGGAUCCACCUGUGCCAGAGGAAGAGCAGCAGACACAGAAAUGUAGCAAAAAAAGAGCAAAAGAUCAGCAAAUCCUGGGCCAGCUCCUGCCGCUGCUGCACGGGAACGUGCACGGGAGCAGGGUGAUCAUCCAGGAGUUCCAGGAGUGCUGCCGCCAGGGACGCUUCAGCGACGUGCCCGAGGGCAGCAACAGCAGCCCCCCACAGCCCCCAGGUGGGGAGGACAACGGGGUCCCCUCCAAGGCCAGGCUCAAGAGGAUCAUUUCUGAGAGCUCCGUGUACGAGAAGAGGCCCGAGUUCAGGAUGUGCUGGUACGUGCACGCCGAGGUGCUGCGCAGCUUCGGGCAGGAGCAGCUCCCCGUGCCCUGCCAGUGGAACUACGUCACCCAGGUGCCCUGCACGGGCAAGGAUGAGGGGGGCAGCGUGCCAGGAGUGGCUGUCCCCCAGCCCACCCCCCUGGCAGCCAAGAGGAAGGCCACGGGAAGCAUGUCCAUCACCAAGUUCAUGAAGAGACCUCGGGGUGCUGAGCAGGCUGCAGAGAUGGAUGGAUUUCAGGCAGACACUGAGGAAGAUGAGGAAGAUGAUGACUGCAUGAUUGUGGAUGUACAGCCAGGAAAAGGUUCCACAGCUUCAGAAUCCAGUGGCACAAGAGCUGCUCACCAGGACAGCAGCAUGGUCAGCCCAUCUAAUACAAUUUGAGAUUUAAAUGCCUACUAACUCCUCUGUAUGUAUGUAGAAUGAGCUAGAAAUUUUUAAACCUUGUGUAUCUUUGACCAAGAUACUUGAAAGUAUUCCACAUUUCUUGUAAAGAGAAGACAGCACUUUGUUCUGCUUCAGACCAGAUGGAAGCUUAAAUUUUUAGAUUUAGCUUUUUAGCUUUUUUUUUUUUUUUUUAAAUACUGCAUAUUAAUCUGUCCUUAAUAAAGCAUUAUUGAAAUUUUGAUA